GACAAAACAAAACAACGAUUCUUUUAAAAUAAGAACCUCUCUGUUUCUCUCUCUCUCUAUAUAUAUCUCCCUCCCCGCUGAUCGAUGGCGGCUUCUGUUGAUCCUUUGGUGGUCGGAAGAGUGAUCGGAGAUGUGUUGGACAUGUUCAUCCCAACCGCCAAUAUGUCUGUCUACUUUGGCCCCAAACACAUCACUAACGGCUGCGAGAUCAAACCCUCCACCGCAGUCAAUCCUCCAAAAGUCAACAUCUCGGGCCAUUCCGAUGAGCUUUACACUCUCGUGAUGACUGACCCGGACGCACCUAGCCCAAGCGAGCCGAACAUGAGAGAAUGGGUCCACUGGAUUGUCGUGGAUAUUCCCGGAGGCACAAAUCCCUCAAGAGGAAAAGAGAUACUUCCAUACAUGGAACCAAGGCCACCAGUGGGGAUUCACCGUUACAUAUUGGUACUUUUCCGGCAAAACUCACCGGUGGGUCUGAUGGUGCAGCAGCCUCCAUCACGAGCCAAUUUCAGCACACGAAUGUUCGCUGGACAUUUCGAUCUUGGUCUACCUGUGGCCACUGUCUAUUUCAACGCCCAAAAGGAACCUGCUUCACGCAGACGCUAGUACAAAAAGUAAACAAAUACCAUCUACAAAUAAGCCAAAAAUCCGGAACUUUUUGGUUUGAAAACCGAAAGGAACCUUUACCUAUAAAAAACCAAAGCGGACAAAAAAUGUGGUAUUAUAUAUCAAACCACAUUAUCUAUUAGUCCGGUUAUAGCUAAAUCUAUCUAUGUAGCUCUAUCUAUAUGGCUUACAAAUAUGUGUAUCUUUUUUAUGUCUUUUUGAUAUGGAGUUGUUUGUAAUAAUAUAUGGUGUUCGUCUCUAUAUUCUCCAAAUAAUCAUAAAUUAAGAGUUAUAAAGAAGCUAAGAAAAGAUUACAUACCAAAAUUAAAGAGAUUACAAUCGCUGGAAGAAAUCUAAUAUACUGUGUUUCUUCUUGAUUAUAGUCUUGUUGUUCUCUGAACUUUUACAGCUUGUUUUCACUUUGAAAUUCUCGGUUCUAGGUUUUGUUCCACGCACUCUCUUUGUCGUCAUGUUCACAUGAUCUUGAACUUCAGCUAGAUCUACUUCUGUUGUUUCAAAUGUUUCUUUCACUCUGUUCUUCUCACUGUCCUGUUUGAUUCCAGCGGCAUCAAGUUUGGACAGAUCGAUUGUAACACACUCUUUUUGAUCCUCGUGUUCGUGAGAGUUUGGUGAAGAAGAAGCCACGUCCACUGCUUUGCUUUUGGUCACAAACGAAUCAGCGAGUUCUUGCACACCGUAUUCUGCGAUUUCCAGAUUGAUUUCAUCGGUUUUUCUAAUCUUGAACGGGUUGUUGUCCGGAAUAAGUGAGGGAUUGCUGGGUCGGGUAACCACUUGAUCCCUGUUAGGCUGCGCAAGCAGUUUGUAUAGAUCU